ACUGUCCAGUCUCCGUCCCACUGUCCUCUGGGAACCAGAAGUAGGAAGGGCUCUUGUCCUAGAGAGUCUGGCUUUGAAGUGGAACAGACCAGAGGGAAUAAUAAGAUACUUCUUCCAGCUCAAAGUUGGCGUGCAGGGCCUCCUGAAAUGGAGGAAGUCGCCUCCGUCCUCAUUAUGCCAACUUCCAUCUAGAAGGCUGUCCCUGAGAGAGGGAGGGUCAGUUAUAUCUGUUUACUAGGUAAUUGCAGAAUCCCAUGGCUGUAGGGCAAUAACUGAGAGCCGGCAGAGGACCUGGCUCAUAAGCUAAGUGCUCUUGCUGUGCUGGUUCAGCCUACCUUGUAAAUGUAGGAUGGGAGAAAGGGAUUUUGGAAACUUUUACAUAAAGUUGUUGGGCUAUUGAAUUCAUAAUCCACUAUUUUCUGCCUGGGGCCUACCUCAAAGCCCAUAGGACACAAGGACUGCUGAGAGCCUCAGGGAUCAGCACUUGACUCAGAAAAGUUAGAUCAGAUAAUAGAUAUCUCACAUGGCAAGCUUCCACUUACUGCAAAAUCUGACACAGCUAUUUUGGACAGAGGAAUUUUCUGGUGUGCUGAGGGUUCAGCAGAAAACCUUUUGGGUUCUUCCUACUUCUCAUCCAUCCCCCCACCUGCCCUUAUUUGAAAAUCUUUCUACAGGGAUACUUAUGUCUGUGUUUUCCCUUAGCAAGUCCUGGGGUCCUGGGAUACAGCCACUGUUGGAUAAGGGAGGAUUAUAAAGUGCCAACUCACUUGGCUGGUGACAGGCGAAUCAAAAGUGUAGAGGGGAUAUGAGAUUGGCUGAGUGUGGGCUGAACCUAGGACAUCCUUUCAAAGUUGAUUUUUAAACUAAAUCCUUGACAUGAGCUUGUUUUCUUAUCAUUGGCUUCAUUCUCUUAAAAUCUGAGCACAGCAAGAAUAGAAAUAAAGGGAGUUAAUUAGGGUGCAAUUCAUGGGGCCCUAGGAACUGGAUGUUAGACUGAACUGUGCAGAUUACUCCAAGACACCACACAUUAUUUGGGAUAUUGUAUACCCCAGGACUACAUAUUCCAUUCUGCAAGCCACCUGGUUGGAUUAAUGUUUUCAAUUCCCCAGACAGAGAGAGCUUUCUUUGAUGGCUGUGUAGCUGCCUUUCAAAAUGAUGUGGAUAAGCACAGCCCUCAUAUUUUAAAAAAAUUGGACACUUUUGAUAUUUUUCCUGUCCCCUGAUACUGCCCUCUCCUGCCACGAGUGCCAGAAAAACUGGCUGUGCUCACAGAGCUCAAAGUCAGGCUCUGGACCGCUCUCUAAUACUGCUGCUGGAGUCCCAGGGCAUUUCUCCUGCCCCUCACCCUUUCUUACGUCUCACCACUUUCCUCGCACCUCCAAACCAACCCCCAGCUACCUGGAAUUACUCAUUCAACAAACCUAUCCCUGCCUCAUAAGUAAAUGUAGUAGGAACAAGGUCUCUAAGUCAGGGCUCUGCAAUUUACUAGCUGUACUAUCUUGGGCAAGGAAGGCUCUCAGACCCUCAUCGCCAUAGUUUCUUUUCAUUGUAAAAUGGUGACAGUGCCUACUCUGCAGGGUUUGUGGCAUAUCCAGACAGUGUCUGGCCCAUAGAUGCUGCUGCUCAGUUAUACUAGCUGUUAUUGUCAGUGGGUCUCAAACUCAGCUUAUUUUUAAUUGAAGUAUAAUUAAUGUAUAAUUCAAAUACAGCCUAGCUAGCAAACUUAACCUCUUUCCUUUUUCCUCCCCAAACUACCUGGAUUUCUCUACCUCCAUCUCAAUGUAAGGGAGUCCCCGCUAAAGGAGCUGUUUUUUCUUCUGUCCUGUGUCCUCGUCCUGGUGGUGUUUUUUUGUGUGUGUGUGUUUUUUUCCUGCCAACAUAGCUUAUUUAUCUCUCCCUUUUCAUCUCUCCCUUGGAAUCUUGGGGUGAGUAGCAACAGUUAGUUUAGGAAAAAUUUACAAACUGAUGAAAAGUCAAUUCACAGACUCUUUCUGGAUUAAGAAAGCUCUAUGUAACACAGAAGACAGACUAAUAUAUCAGAAAAUUCAUUCCAAUAUCAAUUAAGCUCAUGAUUUAAGAGGUUGUUUUCCUUAGCUAAUGUUCUUAAUGACUUAUAAAUAUAGUCUGGACUUUGUUCUGCCUACUACACAAGGUUCUAAGUGCAAACACCAUGUUCAGACAGCUUGUGACCUAACUGUAACAUAAUAUCCUGAGUCUGGGAUUGUCUCCCACCUAAACUGAGGUGAAGAAAUACACCAUCUCUGGCUAGUGUAGUAGGUUUACUUGAAUAAUUCUAUUUCUCAUCCUGUUGCAAACAGAAUGGCCCUUGUGCACAUACUAUGCCACUAGUCGGGUCCAAUGGGAGCCCCACGUCAUAGUAAAUUAUAUUGGCUAUUUUGUGACAUCUGUCCUGGCAGCCUGGAGAAAAUAAAGGCCUUCAGACUGUGCUUCCUGGGAUGGGGGGUUGACAAGGAUGUCAGUGCCAGGCACCUGGUUAGGAGAAAUAUCCUGAAGCAAAUAAUAAUUACCUUUUUUGCUGAUAAGAGUCCCAGUAUUUUUCCAACAGCAAGAUUGCAUUAAGGUAUUUCCUUGGACCACAGCCUGAGUCACAAACUGAUACAUGACUAUUGGCCCUAACCUCAAUCAAACUAUUGUAUGUAUGGUGGAACUCAAUGUUCUCCUUAUGGCCCUGAGUUGUUGUAAAUAAUAUUCUCAGUUGCAUUACCUGUUCUUGUUCUGUCCUGGUUACUUCUUCUGACUGCAAUUCUGUGUGUGUCCACAAGGUGGCCUCGCUUAGGAAAGAGCUGGAGAAAAGGACCUCAAGCCUCUGAUGUCUCUUUUUUUUUUUUUUUUUAAGAUUGAGCCUGAAAAGAUGAAAAUAAAGUUUGAUGGGAACAUAUAUACCUCUUAGUAGGCAACAAUAAACUCAUUUACCUUGUGACUUGGAAUUUGUGCCUGAAGUGCCCUCUAAUCCUAUGUAUGGCUGGACCCAUCACAGGUGUUUUCCUGGAUGGUUUGUGCAUAUAGUCUUGGUUUGUAGUUUUGCUGUCUGUCCUUUUCUGUUUAUAGGAAAGUAACAGAAUAUUGUUUUUAAAAAUAUGAACAUGAAAUCAUGGAUAAUGUUGAAUGUUGAAUGCAGAAUAGGGUGUGGAAACCAAAGAGAAAAAGUCUGGCAUCUUGUGGUCAUUCCAGUGUCCACUCCCCUACCAUUUCCUCUCGCAUCCUCUGUCACCCAACUGGUUUCCAGGUGCUCCCUGUACAUGUUUCCCUCCUACUCAUCUGAGCUCCUGGACACUUUCUCCUCCACACAGGCAAAUUAGCAUGCACAGAUUAGCUCAGAUGUGCGCACACAUCCCAUGCAUGUCACAUUUAGGUCACAAGCUGUCUGUGCACGUGUCGGUACACAGACAGGCAUAUCCAGAGGAGGAGCUGAGUGGAUAGGUGCUAGCGUUGGUGCAGGUCAGCAAGCCCACUGGUUGAAGGGACAUGCGGGUGACAAACUAUGUGGGAAAAAGAGAGACUGAGAAGGCAGGCAAUGGGAAGAAGGCAAGGCUCCUCGUGGUUAGGGUGGGUGCCUAGGGAGUGUGGUGUGUGAUAGCAUUGCAAAGCCUUGGGGAUAUCCUGGCUGACCCCUGAAGAAGAGUUUUUAAAACCAGCACCGCCCUCUACUGCACGCUUUCUAUCUACUGUUAGGGCAUUUGUAUUAAUUUCUCUAAGAAAUCAGUUCCAAUUUGGUUUUUACUGAUCUCCAGAACCCUCGUUGGAGAUGCCAGUUGGCACAAGAAAGUGCUGAACUGUUUACAGUCCCAGCCUCAGGUUCAGGGAGCGGAUGUGGUUUCACUGGGCCACAAAGCCCCGUACACAACUCAUUUGCAUGACUCCUGACGCCAUGUGACGCAGCCGGCUCCUCCUAUAUAAAGAAGCAGGAGCCGAAAUAUCUCCGAGUCUGGGUUGGACUAGCGGCCGUGGAGUUUGUGACACCCUAGGUGACACCCAUCGAGCCACUUCCCUUCAAGUCCGGAGUGCUUGCCUGGCUUUAGGUCCUCUCGGCGGCAGCAUUUGCCCCACUCCUAGCCCCAGGGUCAGCCGCCCAGAGUCCAGGUCCCAGCGGCGCGCCAGCAGCUCCUCUGACAGCCCAGCCGCCCCAGCUCCCUGCAGCCCAGCCAUGAACACCGAAAUGUAUCAGACCCCCAUGGAGGUGGCUGUCUAUCAGCUGCACAAUUUCAACAUCUCCUUCUUCUCUUCCCUGCUUGGAGGAGAUGUGGUUUCCGUUAAGCUGGAUAACAGUGCCUCUGGAGCCAGUGUGGUGGCCUUAGACAACAAGAUUGAGCAGGCCAUGGAUCUGGUGAAGAAUCAUCUGAUGUAUGCUGUGAGAGAGGAGGUGGAGAUCCUGAAGGAGCAGAUCCGAGAGCUGGUGGAGAAGAACUCCCAGCUGGAGCGUGAGAACACCCUCUUGAAGACUCUGGCCAGCCCAGAGCAGCUGGAGAAGUUCCAGUCCUGUCUGAGCCCUGAAGAGCCAGCUCCUGAAGCCUCACAAUUACCUGAGGCCCCUGAUGGUUCUGCAGUGUAAGUGGCUCUGUCCUCAGGGUGGGCAGAGCCACUAAACUUGCUCUACCUAGUUCUUCCCAGUUUGUUUUUGGCUCCCCAAGCGUCAUCUCACGUGGAGAACUUUACACCUAGCAUAGCUGGUGCCAAGAGAUGUCCCAAGGACAUGGCCACCUGGGUCCACUCCAGUGACAGACCCCUGACAAAGAGCAGGUCUUUGGAGGCUGAGUUGCCUGGGGCCUCGUCACCCCCAGGCAGUGAGCCUCUAAUGCCACCACGCCCUGGGGGCUCCCAGGGCCCGGGCAACUUUGCUGUGACUGGCAAAGGAGAAAGGUAGUUUGAUAUGUGAUGCCAGUUUGCUCCUGAAAGUAUAAGGGGAUCUGCUUUUCAUUUCCAUGGACAUCUUUAACAGCUUCACCUGACAACGACUGUUCCUAUGAAGAAGCCACUUGUGUUUGAAGCAGAGGCACCCUCUCUCUUAUCCCCUGCCUCGCCAAAGCAGGGCCACAGAUGGGAGAGAUUGAGCCAAGUCAGCCUUCUGUCGGUUAAUAUGGUAUAAUGCAUGGCUUUGUGCACAGCCCAGUGUGGGAUUACAGCUUUGGGAUGACUGCCUACAAAGUUCUGUUUGGUUAGUAAUGGCAUAGUUUUUCUAUAUAGCCAUACAUGCGUAUAUAUACCCAUAGGGCUAGAUCUAUAUCUUAGUGUAGUGAUGUAUACAUAUAUACAUACACCUACAUUUUGAAGGGCCUAAACAGCUUUGGGAGUAUUGACCAGUUCCUUAUCUCUUAAGGCUAAUUCUUUGACUGUGUUCAUUUACCAAAUUGAUCCAGUUUGUCCUUUAGGUUAAGUAAGACUAAAAAGUAAAAGCAGGGAGAGGGCCAGUCUCUGAAUGUGGCCACAGAUGCCUUGCUGCUGCAAUCCUUGCCCUCUGAAGACAUGUGAGGUCCUCUUUUGAAUGCCAAACCCACCAUUCACUGGUGCUGACUACAUAGAAUGGGGUUGAGAAAAGAUCAGCUGGGACUUCACAUUGUUAUUCAAAACCUUUUUUAAAUGUUUGUGGAAAACUUUCAAGUGAAGAGAACAAUUGGCUUGCUGGUGUCCUUUUGUGGACAAGGGAUAAACAAGGCAAUGGCUUUGACGUGAUGGUGCCUAGGUGAUGUGCUCAGGGGGCUUGUCUCUAGGAUGUUCUGUGGCAGUGAAUACUUUCCACUUUCUGACACCUUAUCCUGAUGUAUGUCUCCAGGAUUUGGAUUUUGAUUUCUCAAAUGUAGCUUGAAAUUUCAAUAAACUUUGCUCUUUUUUUCUAAAAAUAAA